AUGAAGCCGGGCGGUGUCGCCAGGGCCCGCGUGUCUCCUCCAGUGUUCUGGGCAGCCCGGGUGCUGCUGGCGGCUGGCUGCCAGGCUGCCGCCAGUUUUGAGGCGCUGCAGUGUGAAGGACCGGUCAGCACGGCGGGCAGUGGCUGCCACCCUGAAGAUGACCUGCAAGGUUCCGGGGUUGGCUUCCAGGCCAAGGGCUACAUGUUCAGCCAACCCUUCCAUCUCAUUGUGUCCUACGAUUGGCUGAUCCUCCAAAGCCCAGCCACUCCCCUAUUCGAAGGGGACCCGCUGGUUCUGCGUUGCCAGGCCUGGCAGGACUGGCCACUGACCGAGGUGACCUUCUACCGCGGUGGCUCCGCUCUGGGCCCCCCCCAACCUAACAAGGAGUUCUCGAUCGCCGUGGCACGAGAGGAGGACAGCGGGAACUACCACUGCAGUGCCAUCUUCCAGGGCCCUGGUCCGGGGAGCCCAGAGACGGCGUCCUCGGUGGCCGUCACCAUCCACGAACUGUUUCCUGCCCCCGUGCUCAGGGCCUUUCCCUCCGCUGAGCCCCAAGAGGGAGGUGCCAUGACCCUGAGCUGCCGGACGAAGCUGCCCCUGCAGAGGUCAGCUGCCCGCCUCCUCUUCUCCUUCUACAAGGACGGCCGGGCCGUGCGGGGCCGGGGCCCGUCCCCAGAGCUGCAGGUCCCUGCCGCCUCGGAGGCCCAUUCCGGGUCUUACUGGUGUGAGGCCGCCACCGAGGACGGCCAAGUUUGGAAAAACAGCCCCAAGCUGGAGGUCAGGGUGAAGGGUCCCUCGAGGGCUGGUGCACCGCCCACCUUGAACCCCUCUCCUCGGAAAUCAGCAGCUCCGGGAACGCCUGAUCCAGAGCCCCCCAGGCCUCCGCCUCCGCCGCCCAGUUCUUCCUCCGAAAGUGCGGACCACCCCUCCCCUCUGCAGGCACCUGACCCCCACCUGUACCACCAGAUGAGCCUUCUCCUCAAACAAAUGCAGGAUGUGCAAGUUCUCCUUGGUCACCUGGUCAUGGAGCUGAGGGACUUGUCUGGCUACCUGAAGCUGGAGUCCAGGAAGGGUCAUGCCAAACGGGCAUGAACAAGUCACCUGCAGUCCUGUUCGGACACCCGGUGAACCGCGUGCUCUCUGCUUCUCGCUCUCUGUCCUGCACCUGCGCAGAGAUGCCCCCGUUGUCUAGAGUCUUUUUAGAGUGGGAGGUGGGUGAGGAUGAAUAAAUUUGU